UGCGUUUGGGCUGUAGCUAGGCUUUUUCUUUCCUUUCUUUCUUUUCUUUUCUUUUUCUUUUUAAGUAUCUAGAAAAAGAACAAGAACCCUCGGAUCUGAUUUUUGGCUCCUCGUUCUAGUGCUCGGUUCUUACUGUGUUUGUGUGUUCUAAAGGCCAGAAGACGAGGGGAACAAAACCCGCCGGAUCCAUCCAUCACUGUGGGUGGUUUUAAUUUUUCCUUUUUCUCAUUAAUUUUUUUAAACAACCAAUCUGCACGAUGAACAAACUGUAUAUCGGAAACCUCAGCGAGAACGCCGCCCCCUCGGACCUAGAAAGUAUCUUCAAGGACGCCAAAAUCCCGGUGUCGGGACCCUUCCUGGUGAAGACAGGCUACGCGUUCGUGGACUGCCCGGACGAGAGCUGGGCCCUCAAGGCCAUCGAGGCGCUUUCAGGUAAAAUGGAACUGCAUGGGAAACCCAUAGAAGUUGAGCACUCGGUCCCCAAAAGGCAAAGGAUUCGAAAACUUCAGAUACGAAAUAUCCCGCCUCACUUACAGUGGGAGGUGCUGGAUGGUUUACUAGUCCAGUAUGGAGUGGUAGAAAGCUGUGAGCAAGUGAACACUGACUCGGAAACUGCAGUCGUAAAUGUAACCUAUUCCAGUAAGGACCAAGCUAGACAAGCUUUAGACAAACUGAACGGAUUCCAGUUAGAGAACUUCACCUUGAAAGUAGCCUAUAUCCCCGAUGAAACAGCCGCCCAGCAGAACCCCUUGCAGCAGCCUCGAGGUCGCCGUGGGCUUGGGCAGAGAGGCUCGUCAAGGCAGGGAUCUCCAGGGUCAGUGUCCAAGCAGAAGCCAUGUGACCUGCCUCUGCGCCUGCUGGUCCCCACCCAGUUUGUUGGAGCCAUUAUAGGAAAAGAAGGUGCCACCAUUCGGAACAUCACCAAACAGACCCAGUCCAAGAUCGAUGUCCAUCGUAAAGAGAAUGCAGGGGCUGCUGAGAAGUCAAUUACUAUCCUGUCCACCCCCGAAGGUACCUCUGCAGCUUGUAAGUCUAUCCUGGAGAUUAUGCAUAAGGAAGCUCAAGAUAUAAAAUUCACAGAAGAGAUUCCCUUGAAGAUUUUAGCUCAUAAUAAUUUUGUAGGCCGUCUUAUUGGUAAAGAAGGAAGAAACCUUAAAAAAAUUGAACAAGACACAGACACUAAAAUCACCAUAUCUCCAUUGCAGGAAUUGACGCUGUAUAAUCCAGAACGCACCAUCACAGUAAAAGGCAAUGUUGAAACGUGUGCCAAAGCUGAGGAAGAGAUAAUGAAGAAAAUCAGGGAGUCUUAUGAAAAUGAUAUUGCCUCUAUGAAUCUUCAAGCACAUUUAAUUCCUGGAUUAAAUCUGAAUGCUUUGGGUCUAUUCCCACCCACUUCAGGGAUGCCACCUCCCACCUCAGGGCCCCCCUCGGCCAUGACUCCUCCCUACCCACAGUUUGAGCAAUCAGAGACGGAGACGGUUCAUCUGUUUAUCCCAGCCCUGUCCGUCGGGGCCAUUAUCGGCAAGCAGGGCCAGCACAUCAAACAGCUUUCUCGCUUUGCAGGAGCUUCAAUUAAGAUUGCUCCAGCUGAAGCACCAGAUGCAAAAGUGAGGAUGGUGAUUAUCACUGGACCGCCAGAGGCUCAGUUCAAGGCUCAGGGAAGAAUUUAUGGAAAAAUUAAAGAAGAAAACUUUGUUAGUCCUAAAGAAGAAGUGAAACUUGAAGCUCAUAUCAGAGUGCCAUCCUUUGCUGCUGGCAGAGUUAUUGGAAAAGGAGGCAAAACGGUGAAUGAGCUCCAGAAUUUGUCAAGCGCAGAAGUUGUUGUCCCUCGUGACCAGACGCCUGAUGAGAAUGACCAAGUGGUUGUCAAAAUAACUGGUCACUUCUAUGCUUGCCAGGUUGCCCAGAGAAAAAUUCAGGAAAUUCUGACUCAGGUAAAGCAGCACCAACAGCAGAAGGCUCUACAAAGUGGACCACCUCAGUCAAGGCGGAAGUAAAGGCUCAGGAAAACAGCCCUCCACAGAGGCAGAUGCCAAACCAAAGACAGAUUGCUUAACCAACAGACGGGCGCUGACCCCCUAUCCAGAAUCACAUGCACAAGUUUUUACCUAGCCAGUUGUUCCGGAGGACCAGGCAACUUUUGAACUCCUGUCUCUGUGAGAAUGUAUACUUUAUGCUCUCUGAAAUGUAUGACACCCAGCUUUAAAAAAAAAAAAAAUAAGGGGGGAGGGGAGGGAAAGAGAGGAGCUCUGCACUUCCCUUUGUAGUCUCACAGUAUAACAAAUAUUUUAAUUUUUCUUACUAUUCCCCCAUAAUACAAGAAAUUGGCUUAAUGAUACAUUUACUAAAUUCAUCAAAUAUAAAUAGAUUGCUCCUAAAUCCAAUUGGUGAAGUUGGAUCACAGUAAUUAUCACAGGAACUUAAAUGUUAAGCCAUUAGCAUAGAAAAACUGUUCUCAGUUUUAUUUUUAUCUAACACUAACAUGAAUAACCUAAGGGAAGUGCUGAAUGGUGUUGGCAGGGGUAUUAAACGUGCAUUUUUACUCAACUACCUCAGGUAUUCAGUAAUACAAUGAAAAGCAAAAUUGUUCCUUUUUUUGAAAAUUUUAUAUACUUUAUAAAGAUAAAAAAGUCCAACCGUUUUUUAAAAAAUAAAUUUAAAAUUUAACACCUAUCAGCUAACAGGCAAAUAAUUGAGAAAGAAUUUUACUUCUGGCUGGUGACAGUUAAGCUAGAAAAUUAAUUUCAGGUUUUUUUGAGGCUUUCGACACAGUUAUUAGUUGAAAAUCCAGUAAAUGUUCAAGAAUAUGGAGCAGUGCCUAUAUUUGGAGAGCAGCGAUACCAUUUAUUCUUUCAUUUAUAGUUGGGAAAGUUUUCAAUGGUACUAACAGAGCAAAGUGGUGGCAGGAGGAUUUGGAACGGCUGGUUUAAAUGGCUUUAGGAGACUUCAGUUUUUUUGUUUAGCUACACUGAGUGCAUAAAUGCUUUGUGCUUUUGACUAUCACUACCUAAAGAAAGUGCAUCAAUGAAGAGAUGCAUGACUUUAAACCGAUUGGCAAAAAGCAAGAUUCAGCUUGUCUUAUAGGAUGCUUAGUUUGCCAAUACACUUCAGACCAGAUGGUCUCCACUUUGAGCAGACUCUGAAAGUAAUUGCUUUGUGAAGACCAAGGGGACAGAGAUGGUAUGACAGUGUUUGAAGGCAACAAAGGGCUACAUCUCCACAUGCCCAGCACUGUCGUGAGCCUCACUAAGCUAUUUUGAAGAUUUUUAAGCAAUGGUAAAUCAAAAGAAAGGAAGUCCACCCAAAAUAUUACAUAAAAUGUAGUAGGAUUUCUGUAUACUCUGCAACCAGUUAUUUGAAAGUAAGUCAAAAGGUAGAGGAUACAUGAAAACAGUUUUUGGAAUAUAAUUUGAAUGACUGUGACAACAUCUGACGUUUGAUACUGAACUCGUUUGUCCAUUCCUUAACUUGAUGGCAAAGCCCCGUUACGUACAAUUGUGUGGGUGUGGGUGGUCUCCAAGGCCAUGCUGCUCUCUGAAUUGUUUUUGUGUUGCAUUUGUUAGUAGGAUGAUCACAGUCAUUAACACUGAUCUGAAGGGCAUAUAUAAUAACCCUUAAAUCAGUUUGCCUCAUUCAUAUUUCAAGAUGAAUUUCUACACAGACUAGAUAAGUUUUUCUGACGAUCACAUAUCAAUUAGACGUUUUGAAAAUUAUUUGAAAUGUUUUCAGAAAACCAGUUUAUGUUGUAGUUUUAUCCAAAAUCUCAUUUUUGUCACUGGAUUCAUUUAGCAGUCAUAAUUUUUUUUUUCCAUACAAUGAAUUACUUAAAAAAAAAAUCACAGACUGGCUUUCUGGUUGGAUUUCAGGUGGGAUGUGUUUUAAGGCCAGAGUUCUUCCUCAAUAUGAUUUUUUUCCAACAUUUGAUUUUUUAAGAACACAGGUGCUGCAUUUAUAUCUGCUGGUUUAAAUUCUGUCAUUUCACUUCUAGCCUUUUAGUGUGGCAAAUCAUUUUACUUUUACUUAAGCAUUGGUAAUUUGGUACUAGCUAAGAAAUAAUUCUAUAAUUGAGUUUUGUACUCAUCAUAUAUGGAUCAUUCCUCCUCUAUAAUGUGUCCCAAAUGCAGCUUCAUUUUCCCAAUACCUUGAUGCAAAAUAAAGUUUUUCAUCAUUUA